AACUAUUAUAUUUUAAGUUAAGUACCUGAUAUUUCUUAAAUCUGUUAUUUUGAAGCUUUUAAAAAACAAGUUUAUCGGCUAUUGGUUCUUAGUCAUAUUGGUUUUACACAUCAGUGAAUUGGUAAUUGUCCUUACGAUGUUGAUGCGAACACCUACAUCUUAUCAAAUUAUCAGUAAAAAAAAUUUAGCGUACAAAAAUUGUAGUGUCAUUCCAUACAUUAUAAUAUUACUCAAUCCAUCAAGUAAGGACCCUUUGUUCUGAAGCCCCCCCCCCUCCAAAAAAUGGCAAAAAAGAGAGAACAUGUUCCAAAUCACCCACCGUGCUUCAGAUCUCGCUCAGUCGAAGAAGACAAGGAAGAUCUUUGUACGGAUGGGGCAAUGCGAUUCACCAUUUCUUCAUAUCCAAAGGAAGCAUUUGAGAUUAUGUCUCUUAUGCGGCAGCAUCAGAAACUUUGUGAUGUUGAGAUAAGAGUUAGUGAUGAAAUCUUUCAUGCUCAUAAAAUAGUAUUGGCAUCUGCUAGUCCAUAUUUCAAGGCAAUGUUUACAAGUGGUCUGAAAGAAUCUGAAAUGUCAAUUAUCAACAUUCAAGGCGUUUGUCCUUUAAGUAUGGCCAUUAUCAUACACUUUGCGUACACAGGGCAAGUAAAAAUUGAGGAGAAUAAUGUAUGUAACUUGUUACCGGCUGCAACUAUGUUCCAGGUAACUCACAUAAUAGAUUCCUGCUGCUCUUUUCUGGAGAACCAACUUGAUCCUAGUAACUGCAUAGGGAUAGCUGAUUUUGCACUACAGCAUGGAUGCAAUAAUUUGUACCAAACAGCCAAUCAAUUUAUUGAUCAACAUUUCUCACAGGUUUCUCAAGGAGAAGAAUUUCUUGCUCUGUCUGCUUGUCAAUUGGUGAUGUUGAUUAAACGCGAUGAGUUAAAUGUACGCAGUGAAAUGGAAGUUUUUAAUUCAGUUUUACGUUGGGUGAAACAUGAUAAGUCAAGAAGAUGUCCCAGGUUAUCGGACAUUUUGAAUGCUGUGAGGUGCCAUUUUUUAACUCCAAGGUUUUUGAAAGAACAAAUACAGAAAUGUGAAGUCCUCAAGAAUGAACCUCAAUGCUGUGACUACUUGAGCCGAAUCAUCCAAGACUUAACUGUCCGAAGAAAGUACAGUUGCCAUCAGCGAACUCCUAAAGUCCCAUAUGUCAUUUAUACAACCGGAGGCUACUUACAACAUUCGUUGAGUAACAUGGAAUGUUACAAUGCACAGGAAAAACAAUGGUUUUCUCUGGCUGAUUUACCAACUCCUCGAAGUGGACUUGGUGGUGCAUUCAUCGAAGGUAAAUUUUAUGCUGUUGGUGGAAGAAAUAACUGUCUCGAUGGUAAUCAGGAUUCUGACGGAGUAGACUGUUACGACCCAAUUACGAAUAAGUGGAAAUCUUGUUGUAAAAUGACAAUUGCUCGAAACAGAGUUGGUGUUGGGGUGUUAGAUGGACUGUUGUAUGCUGUUGGUGGUUCAAAAGCUACUGUUCAUCAUAACUCUGUGGAAAGAUAUGAUCCCAUAGAAGACAAAUGGUUCAGAGUUCAGAAUAUGUUAACUGCUAGAAUAGGUGUUGGUGUUGCAGUGGUUAAAAGACUUCUGUAUGCUGUUGGAGGGUAUGACGGAAAUAGCCGCCUGAACACUGUGGAGUGCUAUAAUCCGGAAAAAGAUUCAUGGACUUUAGUUGCUAGCAUGAAUACAAAUAGAAGUGGAGCUGGUGUUGUAGCUCUAGAUCAUUAUAUUUAUGCUGUUGGAGGAUAUGAUGGAGCAUUACAGUUAAAAACCGUGGAAAAGUAUAACACUGAAACCAAUGAGUGGGUGUAUGUUUCUUCCAUGUCUUCUCCUAGAAGUGCUCUCAGUGUAGCUGCUUUGGAUGGGAAAAUAUACGCCUUAGGAGGUUAUGAUGGCACCAACUUUCUAAAUACGGUAGAAGUAUAUGACCCAGAGGAAAAUGCGUGGGAGGAUGCUCCCAACAUGUCAUGUGGUCGCAGUGGGCAGGCUUCUGCGGUUUGGAGAGCACCGUGUCUUGCUCAUGGGAUUUCGUAGGUUCAGUUGUAAUCUUUUAGUUUAUCGUAAUAAGUUAAUAAUUCUGAAAAAUAAAAUGUUUUAUGAAUUUUCUUUCAAAUGUUCAAAUUUCUGGUUAAUUUCAAACAUUGAAAUUAUAUUUUUAAAUAAAAUAUUUAUUUUUUAAUAGAUAUUAAUUA